AUGGGGAGCAUUAGCAACGGCACGGCCAACUGCGCCACCGUGCCGCAGCCACCGCCGUCGACAGGGAAGCUCAUCACGAUUCUGAGCAUCGAUGGCGGCGGCAUCCGCGGCCUCAUCCCGGCGACCAUCAUCGCAUACCUCGAGGCGAAGCUCCAGGAGCUGGACGGCCCAGAUGCUCGGAUCGCCGACUACUUCGACGUGAUCGCCGGGACGAGCACCGGCGCCCUGCUCACGUCCAUGCUGGCGGCGCCGGACGAGAACAACCGGCCGCUGUUCGCCGCCAAGGACCUCACCACGUUCUACCUCGAGAACGGACCCAAGAUCUUCCCACAGAAAAAGUAUAGAAACGCCGUGAUCUGUUCUACCUCGGGCUGGGAUCCUGACGCCGGUGAGGAACCUGCUGGGCCUGGUGAGGGUCCCAAGUACGACGGCGUGUUCCUGCACGACAAGAUCAAGGGCCUCACGCACGACGUCAAGGUGGCGGACACGGUCACCAACAUCAUCGUGCCGGCGUUCGACGUGAAGUACCUGCAGCCCAUCAUCUUCUCCACGUACGAGGCCAAGAACGACACGCUCAAGAACGCGCACCUCUCCGACAUCUGCAUCAGCACGUCGGCGGCGCCGACCUACUUCCCGGCGCACUUCUUCAAGACCGAGGCCGCCGACGGCAGGUCCCAGGAGUACCACCUCGUCGACGGCGGCGUCGCGGCCAACAACCCCACCAUGGUCGCCAUGUCCAUGCUCACCAAGGAGGUGCACCGUCGGAACCUGGACUUCAACGUCGGUAGGCCGACCGAGUACACAAACUACCUCGUCAUCUCCGUCGGCACUGGGUCGGCGAAGCAGGCGGAGAAGUACACCGCUGAGCAGUGCGCGAAAUGGGGCCUCAUUCAGUGGCUGUACAACGGUGGCUUCACGCCGAUCAUCGACAUCUUCUCACAUGCCAGUUCCGACAUGGUUGACAUCCAUGCAUCCGUGCUCUUUCAGGCCCUCCACUGUGAGAAGAACUACCUUCGCAUUCAGGAUGAUACUUUGACUGGGAACGCAUCGUCAGUGGACAUCGCGACAAAGGAGAACAUGGAGUCUCUGAUCGGGAUCGGCCAGGAGCUGCUCAAGAAGCCAGUGGCGAGAGUGAACAUCGACACUGGGGUGUACGAGUCCUGUUCCGGUGAGGGCACAAAUGCAGAGGCGCUUGCUCACUUCGCCAAACAACUCUCUGACGAGCGCAAGCUACGCAAGAGCAAUCUCAACUCCUACUAG